AUGAUCACCGGCAAAGAUAUGUACGACGUACUAGCGGCGAUGGUGCCGCUAUACGUAGCUAUGAUACUAGCCUACGGUUCGGUACGGUGGUGGGGAAUAUUCACACCGGACCAAUGUUCCGGUAUAAAUCGGUUCGUUGCGGUUUUUGCGGUUCCUCUUCUCUCUUUCCAUUUCAUCUCCUCCAAUGAUCCUUAUGCCAUGAAUUACCAUUUCCUCGCCGCCGAUUCUCUUCAGAAAGUCGUUAUCCUCGCCGCACUCUUUCUUUGGCAGGCCCGUCUCUUAAAUCAUAAUAUUCUCUAUUUAUACGCUUUUAGCCGCAGAGGAAGCCUAGAAUGGAUGAUAACGCUCUUCUCGCUGUCGACACUACCGAACACGUUGGUAAUGGGAAUCCCAUUGCUUCGGGCGAUGUAUGGAGACUUCUCCGGCAACCUAAUGGUGCAGAUCGUGGUGCUUCAGAGUAUCAUUUGGUAUACAUUAAUGCUCUUCAUGUUCGAGUUCCGUGGCGCUAAGCUUCUCAUCUCCGAGCAGUUCCCGGAAACAGCCGGUUCCAUCACUUCUUUCCGAGUUGAUUCCGAUGUUAUCUCUCUCAAUGGCCGUGAGCCCCUCCAGACCGAUGCGGAGAUUGGUGACGACGGGAAGCUUCACGUGGUGGUCCGGAGAUCAAGCGCCGCCUCAUCGAUGAUCUCAUCGUUCAACAAAUCUCACGGCGGCGGAGGACUUAACUCCUCCAUGAUAACACCGCGAGCUUCAAAUCUCACCGGUGUCGAGAUUUACUCCGUUCAGUCGUCGCGAGAGCCGACGCCAAGAGCUUCGAGCUUUAACCAGACAGAUUUCUACGCUAUGUUUAACGCAAGCAAAGCUCCGAGCCCUCGCCAUGGUUACACCAAUAGUUACGGUGGCGCUGGGUCUGGUCCCGGCGGAGAUGUUUAUUCGCUUCAGUCGUCUAAAGGAGUGACGCCGAGAACUUCGAAUUUUGAUGAGGAAGUUCUGAAGACGAAGAAAGGAGGAAGAGGAGGGAGAAGCAUGAGUGGUGAAUUAUACAACAAUAACAGUGGUGUUCCGUCGUACCCACCACCGAACCCGAUGUUCACGGGGUCAACGAGCGGAGCAAGUGGAGUCAAGAAAAAGGAAACUGGUGGAGGAAGCGGUGGAGGAGGAGGAGGAGGAGGAGGAGGAGGACAGAACAAGGAGAUGAACAUGUUUGUGUGGAGUUCGAGUGCUUCUCCUGUGUCAGAAGCCAAUGCGAGGAACGCUAUGACGAGAGGUGCCUCCACCGAUUUAUCCACCGACCCAAAAGCUUCUCUUCCUCCUCAAGACAACCUCGCUUCUAAAGCGAUGCAGAAUCUGAUAGAGAACAUGACCCCGGGAAGAAAAGGGCAUGUGGAGAUGGACCAAGACGGUAAUAACGAAGGGAAGUCAGGGGUAAAUUCGUCACCUUUCAGGGGAAAGAAAGGCAGUGACGUAGAAGACGGUGGUCCCGGCGGUCCGAGGAAACAGCAGAUGCCGCCGGCGAGCGUGAUGACGAGACUAAUACUGAUAAUGGUUUGGAGGAAACUCAUUCGAAACCCUAACACUUACUCAAGUCUCUUUGGCCUUGCUUGGUCCCUUGUCUCCUACAAGUGGAAUAUAAAGAUGCCAACAAUAGUGAGUGGAUCGAUUUCGAUAUUAUCUGAUGCAGGUCUCGGCAUGGCUAUGUUUAGUCUUGGUCUAUUUAUGGCAUUGCAACCAAAGAUAAUUGCGUGCGGAAAAUCAGUGGCAGUCUUCGCGAUGGCCGUAAGGUUCUUGACCGGACCGGCCGUAAUCGCAGCCACCUCAAUUGCAAUUGGACUUCGAGGCAAUCUCCUCCAUGUCGCCAUCGUUCAGGCUGCUCUUCCUCAAGGAAUCGUUCCUUUUGUCUUCGCCAAGGAAUACAACGUCCAUCCUGAUAUUCUCAGCACUGCGGUUAUAUUCGGAAUGCUGGUUGCUUUGCCUGUAACAGUACUCUAUUACGUUCUUUUGGGGAUUUAAGUUACAAUCGAAACGUAAUGGCAAAUCAAAGGCGAUACGACCAAAGGUGAAUUUUUUUAAGAGGUAAAAAUUUACUAAGGAAGAAAGAAAGACUAAUUGCAGGUCAGGCUUAGGUGGAUGGACCAUGCAAUGUCGCAUUAAUUAAUUCAUAGCAUAUGAUAGUAGAGAUUUUUAGUUAGUUUUGUAUAAUUUAUACGCACAUGCAUGUACGUGACUCUGUGUAAUUUUUGUUACAUUUAUUAAAAUUUUGGGAUGUGCGUACAAUAGAGUUUUUUUUAUUUUAUUUAAUUUCCUGUUUAUCGGUGGUAGUGAAGUAUUUAAUCAUUCAAUCAUAUACUAGAUCGCGC